GCUUAAGCGAUUAGUCAGAUCACGCCGGUCCGUGUUGGGGGCUGCAUACCUCGAUGUUUCUCUAUAAACCCCAUCCCUUGUUCCCUUCUUCUGAACCAAUACGUCGACGAUGCAGAGCACUGGUCGAAAGCGCGUCGUGUCCUCGUGCGUCCCUUGUUAUACAAGGAAACAGAAGUGCAACCGUCGCUACCCAUGCAACCACUGCGCUCGCCGGCGCCGUCCUGAGGAAUGUGCCUACCACUCGCAGGCACUGCAGGGGUCCAGGGCAUCGCUGGAGACGGAGGACCGUCGGAACGAAGACGUUCCCGCGGAGCCGGUUGCUGCCCAGCUCCAGUAUGGGAGCAGCAGCAGCGAGCCUGUCAGUGCGUUGUCGGACUGGAGCACGAGGCGCAACUCGGCGAUCAAUCAGGGAAGCGAGUCACUUGCCGAGCUCUUUGGGUAUUUUGAGGACAGCGAGUCCAAUACCAUGGCCCUGGUGCGCAAGUUGGGUCUGAGCCAAGAGGAGAUUCAUCAGCAUGCGAAGGACAGGCCUAUCCCGGCAGACACAUCCGAAGAGAUCCAGAAGAACAUUGCACGCAUGCCAGACCGCCAGAUAUUCGACUUUCUGGUCCAGUACUACGUGACCGAGGUCCACUGGAUAGAGCAGCUCGUGCACCCUCCAUGGUUCCUGGCACGAUACCAGCAAUGGUGGGGCUUAGGCCCGCUUUCGUCGAUAUUCGAUGUUGAAUUCGCAGUGCUCGUCCUCAGAAUAUGCUCCUACGCGGCGCAGUUUUUGCCCUCGCCAUCGUACACUAUCGACAGAAUCCGCGGUAUGUUUCUUGCGGACAUCCGGGAUGCAUGUGACGAUAUCGCCGAGCAACUGGCCGCCAUAUGCGUGCGGCUGGAUGCGAGGGGCUCCUUGCUGCGCGUGCAGCAUCUGGCUUUCACGGGACUGCGGGCGCAGUGCGAAGGACGAAUCAAUACCUUCUGGGAAGCGCUCAAUAGCGCCAUUCGAGUAGCGCAAAGAGUGGGCCUCCACAGAGGCCACGUGCCAUCCAUGCCCCCCAUGCACGGGCUUGAGACGGAAAUGCGACGUAGAGUCUUCUGCAACCUCUACAUAUGGGAUAGCACGCUCUCAAGACAGCUCGACCGCAUCCCCUUCCUCCCAUGUGCCUUGAGUCCCGAAGCACUCCCGUGCAUGCACCUCUCCCCUAAUAUCGACGACGAAGGCGCACCCGAAGGAUACUCCGAACGCCUGAUCCAGGCGCGUCUAGCGAAUUUCUGGCGGAGCUUCACCCCGCGACAAGGAACGGAAUACGACGCGACCGUAGCCGAGGAGCGAUAUGAAAAGUUCUGCACCGACUUCUUAACCACCUUACCACCCGUCUUCGCCCUCGAGCCCAGCGAGGAGUGGGACGCGCGCAUACAUACGCUUCCCCCGCAAAGGCAGAUCCUGCACAUGACCAUCUUCGACUCUCUCUGCUACAACUUUCGGCCCGUUCUGCUACGAGAGCAGAGCCAAGUGCAGAGCCUCCCCGCAUACAAGCAAGUCCUGCUGGCAUCGCAAAGGAAAGCCCUAGCAGUGGCGGCAUUGAAGGUCUUGGACGGCGUUUCGAGCCUGCACGCCAUGCUGGGCGGCUCGCACACACGCUUCGCGGGCAUCAUCUUCCCCACGUUCGAAGCCGCCGUGCUGCUUGUCGGCCUCUGCAUGGACGCGGAUUUCCCCGGCAGCGGCGAAAACUAUCCUCCGAGCACCACGCUCCGUAUCGAUCCUCUUGGUUCCGGCAAGGCCCAGCUGACGCGACACCGAUGCGCUCGGGCGGCGCACGGCGCGCUCACGCGGUUGCGAACGCUUGCAGAAGUCAGCAACAUGGCGAGUGUAGGCGCUCAGACGCUGGCCCGCCUCAUCGACAAGGUGCCAAACCUGCGUGUACCGAGUGCAGAGGAACGGAUACAGGCCGGCCCCGUUCAGAGGCCCACGCCGAGCAGCGAUGCGACGACACAGUGGCCCUCCUUCGAGCAUUCGGACCUAUCCGGCUUGAGCGAUUUCUUCCUCACACCGCCCCAGGAGCCAGAUGCCAACUGGGAGGUGCUCAUUGCCGGCUUGGAUUCGUCGCUGAAUAAACAGCAAUAGUGGCGGCGUGCGAAUUCAAAAAUCUGGGACUAAUCUUUUGCCCCUUAAUGAAAUAGCCUGACAUUUGCGUGGCUCUCUCUUUGCAGUAUUAUGACGACAUUGAUGGGGACCUCGCUUUGUUUCUUGGAACGACGCACAAAACGGAGUCCAGAAAUCCCUGAGAUGCAACUACGACGGUAGCU